GCGCAGCGGGAUGGCGGGCGGCCGGCGGCGCGGGGGCAGCGGGAGGCGCGGGGCCCCACGGCAGCACCCGGGGACCCUCGCACCGGCCCCUGCACCCGCACCCCCGUCUGCCACAGCCACCACCGUGACCCAGAGAAACGCAGGCGCUGCCCCCAAACCCGACCGCACCAAGAAUCCUGCGAAGGAGCCGGAGGCGAGGGCACCCGACGUGGACUCGCUGGGCUUCCAAGCCAUGGACCGCAAUGUGCCAGGGCUGUCCCACGUCAUCCUCCAGAAGCUCAACAUGAAGAGCUAUGAGGACUACAAGUCUGCCAUGGAUGGGAGGAAAAGCGGCAGUGAUUUUGGCAUCCGGACUUACUUUGAGAUGUUCCAGAAGAUGGAGGACACCUUCAAGUUCUGUGCUGAGUGCAGGAAGCUCCCCAGUGCUCUCCCGGACCCCAAAAGUCUCCGGCGAUGCAAGAGGUGCCAGAACGUGUACUACUGUGGCGUGGCGUGCCAGCGUGCCAACUGGCCGCUGCACAAGAAGUUCUGCAAGAAGCUGAAGCUGGUAGCCCUGGAUCGGCUGGUGGAGUGGCUUGUCUUCACAGGAGACAUCCCCUUUCCCACAGAGACCUGGACAAAGUCCCCCUGGGAUGUGGAGGGCUGGGAGGACUGGUUCUCCAUGCAGGAGCAGCUGGAAGAGAAGCUGGGCGCCAUCCUGGCAGGGCGGUACAUGACCCUGCUGUGGGCCAAUGCUGGGAAGCCUCGGCCAGAGGACAGGGAGCUGCAUGAAUCCAUCCGACGCCUGGUCACCGACUUCCACUCGCGGCCGCUCACCAUCGGUCUGGGGCUGCGGCUCUUCAGCCUCGAGCCCCUUGCCAAGGCCCUCACUGUGCAUGUGGUAGGAGCAUCCCACGUGGAGACCCUCAACGCCCGGCUGACAGACUACGACGAGCUGACACGCAUGUUCCCGGGGCAUCGCGGCAUGGAGGUGGUGAUGGUGGGGGUGGAUGUGGUCAAUGGACCAAUCAUGAGGCCACCCCUGGCCACUCCGGCGCCCCGGGGAAGCGUCUAUCUCAGCAGCUACAAGGGGCUCUACCAUGACUUUUGGGAAAGCCAUGUGGAGACCAAGCUGGCCGCUCGCCCUGACCUGGUGGUGGGCUUUCACCCAGGUUUCCAUGCUUGCCCAGACCUGCUGGCAGGCUGGCUGCCUACCCUGCUGCUGCUGCGGGACUACCGCUUGCCCGUCCUCUUCACCGUGUACAGUGAGCAGGAGCUGAAGUCCUCCCUGCAGCUCCUGGUGGAGCUCGAGAUGCACAUUAUGGGCUAUGCCACCAACCCCUUUGCCUCGCUGCGGCCCGAGCAGGUCUACUCCAGCCCCAACAAGGCGCCAGUCUACUGCAGCUCCUACUAUAUCGCCCUGCUGGGGCCGGUGGCAUUGGCUGUGCCGGGUGCUGAAGACCUGGAGAAUGGUGAUGGUGGGUGGGGAGAGGAGUCCAGUGCUGCUGUUGGGGCUGGGGGCAUCACUCCAGGGCUGGCCUGACCCAGUGCAGCCAGCACCAUCCUGCCCACUGGAUCCCCAGCCCCUUGCUGCCCCAUCACAGCACCCUAUCAUCUCCCCAUCCCGGAACUGGCGAUCCAGUCAUUCCUCACUGCACACAUCCAAUCCUGGGACACACAGCACCUUGUCACAGGCAUGGCACCCCUCCAUGGCAUCGAAUAAACCUCCACCAG